AUGGUUUUAUUAACUACAGCUGUGGUGCAAGCUGAGUCGAAAGACGGUACUUAUUUCCCAGUUAGGGUCUUAUUAGAUCAGGGGUCGCAAGGUUCUUUUAUUACCGAGGCUAUGGUGCAGCACUUAGGUUUAAAAAGGCUUGCGGUCAAAAAUACCGUAGUUGGUGUAGGUGGAGAUAAAAGUGUGACUUCCAAGUCCACAGUAAAAAUUAAUUUAAGGUCAAGAGUUGAUCCUAGGUUCCAAGUUAAGGUUAAUGCACAUGUCUUGAAGUCGGUUACGUCUCUUCUCCCAGUUGCGAAGACAACUAGGGUAGAAUGGGACAACCUGACUCUGGAUGAUCUGGCUGACCCUGAGUAUCAUACGCCUAACAAGAUUGAUCUCUUAUUAGGUGCGGAGAUAAACAGUCAAAUCAUUCAGGAAGGCAUUAAAAGAAACCUCAACGGAUCUCUAUUGGCGCAGGAUACUGCUUUCGGUUGGAUAAUAUCUGGUGUCUGUGAGGUAGAUAGCACGUCAAAUAUCCAUUCUCACACAAUUGUGAUGCAUUCUUAUCUGGAAGUGGACAAUAUGCUAAAGCGGUUUUGGGAACUCGAAGCUGAACCACCUGUAACAAAAAGAAUGCUCACAGAUGAUGAAAUUAAAUGUGAGAAAUUGUUUAAGGAGACUACGAAACGGGAUGGAGACGGUCGGUUCAUCGUAAGACUGCCGUUUCGUAUGGCCAACCCGGACUGCAUGCGUGGUGAGUUCAGGAAAAUAGCUGAAAAAAGAUUGAGAAAUUUAGAAUUUAAAUUGCAAAAGAACAAUAAAUUAAAAGAGGAUUACACACAAGUUAUAAGGGAGUAUUUAAACUUAAAUCAUAUGGUAAAAGUUAUUGAUAAGGAUAAAUUUAAGAAAACAGCUAUUUACUUACCACACCACGCAGUAGUCCGGGAAGAUAAGGAUACUACUAAAGUCCGAGUAGUGUUUGAUGCCUCCUGUAAGGGAAGCAAUGGGAAGUCAUUAAAUGAUGAUUUAUUGAUUGGGCCGCCACUGCAAGCCGAACUACGUCAUACAAUUAUGCGCUGGAGACAAUAUAAAAUAUGUUUGGUGGCGGAUGUGGUGAAAAUGUACCGCCAAGUGCUGGUAAAUCGGGAAGAUACCCCAUUUCAGAGGAUUCUUUGGAGAGACAGUCCUGAAAAGGAGCUUCAAGAGUUUGAAUUACUUACCGUAACCUUUGGCACAGCAUGUGCUCCAUAUUUAGCUGUGCGGUCAAUGCAAGAAUUAGCCUAUAAGGAGUGUCAGAAUAAGCCUGUAAUUGCUAAAAUUAUUUUGAAUGAUUUUUACAUGGAUGAUGUGAUGACCGGGGCGGAUAACCUAGAAGAUGCUUAUAAAAUAUAUAAAGAGUUAACCGAAGUGUUAGCGAAAGGAGGGUUUUCACUGCAAAAAUGGAAAAGCAAUUCUAAGGAAAUAUUAGCUAAAAUAUGGAAAGCAAAGGGUAAUACAGAUGAGGAAUUAAGGAUUAAGGUAGAUGAUACAACUAAGAUUUUAGGACUUACCUGGGAUCCGCGUGGUGACUUCUUCCGGUACUCUGUAGAUCUUGCACCGCAAGAAGAACCUGUAACAAAAAGGAGAAUUAUAUCUGAUAUAUCCCGAUUAUUUGACCCACUCGGAUGGUUAGCUCCUUGCAUUAUAGCAGCAAAAAUACUCAUACAAAAGCUUUGGUUAGCUGGUAUUGGGUGGGAUGAGCAAGUUCCUACUAAUUUAAUAAAUGAAUGGAUUACUUACCGUAAAAAUUUAACUGCCUUACAGAAUAUUAAAAUUCCACGCUGGAUACACACUAGUAAUAAAUAUCAGCGCGAGUUGUACGGAUUUUCCGACGCUUCGAAGGUGGCUUAUGCGGCUGUCGUGUAUCUACGAGUGGUAGAUGAUGUGGGAAAUGUCUACGUCUCAUUAGUUACAGCUAAAACAAAGGUAGCUCCCAUAAAGCAAGUGUCUAUCCCUAGACUGGAGCUUUGUGGGGCUGUACUUUUGGCGAAGUUGAUGGUUGAGGUAGCUGAAGUUAUGAAAGUUGAAAGGAGUCAGUUACAUGCAUUCACUGACAGUGAGGUGGUUUUAGCCUGGCUUAACAAUCACCCAAGCCGGUGGAAGACGUUCGUCGCUAACCGAGUUUCGGAAAUCCUACAGAUUUUGGAUACACAUCACUGGUCCCAUGUAGCCACUAAGAAGAAUCCGGCGGAUUUAGCAUCACGAGGUAUUUCUCCGGUGGAACUAUCAGAAAUGGUUAUAUGGUUUGAAGGGCCAGAGUUUCUAAAAAAUAAGGUAAUUAUUUGUACAAAACCAAAACACCUGGUUACAAAUCUUGAGCAGAUUAAAGUUCAUACAGCGGUCGUUAACACAGAAUUGUGGGAAAGGUUUUCUUCAUUUUCGAAGCUUGUUCGUGUGGUUGCUUAUUGUCGACGUUGGUUACGGAUAAAGAAAGGUUUAAGUAGUAGGCCAAGUUCAGAAGCAUUGGAGCGACAGGAAAUUGAGGAUUCGAUAACGGUCUGUAUUAAAAAAUGUCAAGAAGAAGGAUUCCGGGAAGAGUUGGAAGAAUUGCAAAAACACGGCAUAAUAGAUAAGAAAAAGAAAAAGUUAAGGACAUUAAAUAUAUUUUUAGAUUCGGAAGGUGUAAUUAGAGUAGGUGGUCGGCUGGAAAUGUCUUCGCUGUCAUUUAACGGGAAACAUCCGAUUCUCAUACCUAAAGAAUCUUUCUUAAGCGGACUCUUAAUUGCUGAUGCUCACCAAAAAACCCUGCACGGAGGUCCGCAACUCAUGAUUACCUAUUUGAGAUCGAAGUCUACAUCUCAACUCAUGGGGCAGUUACCUUCCGCGCGUGUGACACCGAAUAAGCCCUUUCUUGUCAGCGGAGUCGAUUACGCAGGACCUAUUAAUAUAAGAAUUUCAAAAGGUAGGGGUAACAAGUCUUACAAGGGAUAUAUUGCUCUGUUCAUUUGCAUGUCGACCAGAGCUGUACAUCUUGAAGUUGUGAGCGAGCUUUCUACCCUAGGAUUUAUAGCCGCUUUUAAAAGGUUCGUCGCAAGACGAGGUAGGUGUGCUGAAUUAUACAGCGACAACGGUUCCAAUUUUGUGGGCGCUGCUCGAGAGUUACUGUGUCUGUUCAGCGAAGAAAAAACAAAAUUUAAACCUGAACUGGCACAGUAUCUCGCGACCAAUGGAACACAGUGGAAUUUUAUUCUUCCUCGCGCUCCGAAUUUCGGUGGACUAUGGGAGGCAGGAAUAAAGUCCACCAAGUUCCACCUCAAACGAGUGGUUGGAAACUCUACGUUGACGUAUGAGGAGAUGGCUACCGUAUUAGCACAAAUAGAGGCAUGUCUUACUUCGAGGCCAUUGUCUCGUGUAGAGGAUCCAACCGAGGCCGUCGUUUUGACUCCUGGUCAUUUCUUGGUGGGGGAACCACUCGUAGUAGUUCCGGAAGUAAAUUAUGAGUCGGCAAAUAUGUUUACCUUGCGAAGAUGGCAACUCCACCAACGAAUGAUGCAGGAUUUUUGGCGUCGAUGGUCCCAGGAUUACCUUCAUCAGAUCCUUCAAAGGCAUAAAUGGGAAUAUCAGAACCCAGAACCAUCAGUGGGGGAUGUAGUUUUAAUGAGGACGAUCUGCCCCCGGCGCGAUGGUUGCUAG